CUCAGCUGGCAGUGCUGUGAGCAUGUCAAAGAAACACAGGCAAAUGACAAGGUGCAACAGGAAGAUCAAUGAGCACACUAUGUGAGAGCCGAACACUUCAGAGAGAACAACAACUCAAAAGGAUUAUUUUUGGAUAUCUCACGGGAGUCCAUGAAAAGUGGAAUUAAGUUGGACAACUCUAACAUCUCCUUUUGAUUUAGUCAAAGCUCAUGGAGGGAGAGGAUACGCUGAGCACGGAGAACACCUCCCUGUAUAGGAACAAUUCAGCCAGGCUAAACGAUUCCUCUCCGGUGUCUUUCUCUGGCUCAGAGUACAGCGAUGCAGAGGUGGUCUUAAUCAGCAUCGCAAUGGGCAUUCUGGUUCUAGGCAUCGUCUUUGGUAAUGUGCUGGUCAUCAGCGCCAUUGUACGAUUCCAGCGCUUGCAGACUGUCACAAACUACUUCAUCAGCUCCCUGGCGUGUGCUGAUCUAGUCAUGGGUCUUAUGGUGGUGCCCUUUGGCGCGUGCUAUAUUCUACUCAAUACAUGGCACUUUGGAAACUUCUUUUGCGAGUUUUGGACGGCUACGGAUGUAUUGUGUGUGACCGCUAGCAUUGAAACCUUGUGUGUGAUCGCUCUGGACCGGUACAUAGCCAUCAUGUGGCCUCUGCGUUAUCAGUCUAUGCUCACAAAGCGGAAGGCCUGCGGGAUGGUCAUAGGGGUGUGGGCAGUGGCCGCCCUUAUCUCGUUCCUGCCCAUCCACAUGGAGUGGUGGGUGUCAGAUGAACCUGAGGCACUGAGCUGCUUGGAGGAACCCACCUGCUGUGACUUCAACACCAACGCUGCGUACGCCGUGACCUCCUCCAUCAUCUCCUUCUACAUCCCGCUGGUCAUCAUGGCGUUCGUGUACAGCCGGGUCUUCCAAGAGGCCCGGAGGCAGCUUCAGAAAAUUGACCGCAUUGAGGGGCGAAUACGAACACAGAGCUUAAGCACCCAGGAGGGAAAUGAGAUAAAGAACAGGAGGACCAAGUUCUGCAUGAAGGACCACAAAGCUUUAAAGACCUUGGGGAUCAUCAUGGGAACCUUCACCCUGUGUUGGCUGCCAUUUUUUGUGCUUAAUGUGGUGGCAGCCAUCUGGAAGCUGGACAACAUCAUGUUGCCCUUCAGGAUCUUAAAUUGGAUUGGUUACGCCAACUCUGCCUUCAACCCAUUAAUCUACUGCAGGAGUCCUGAGUUUAGAUGUGCUUUUCAAGAAAUCCUGUGCUGGAGACCCUCUCAUCUACCUUCCACAAGGAGUAAAAAGGGAUAUCUAUACAGUGGUCACAGCUGGAAGGUACACACAAAAGCCACCAGACCACGAGAGCCCUCGCCGGCUUGUGAAACAGAAAUUGGUGCUGAAUGUUUGACUGCAGGCACCAAAAAUAAAAAUGGGAAUUAUAAUAAAACUGUGACGUCCAUUUAAGGCACUAAAUGUGUCCAGUUGAAACAGUUUUUGUCUGUGACAAAACAUCAAUUUUAGAUAUUUAAGCCUUUGAACCAAGAUGGUUUGCCUAUAUUUAGACAAUAUUUAAUUAUGAAACUUCAGAACAAACGGAAAUGAAGUACUGCUUUGGGACAAACUGUGUGCAUGAAAUCCAGGACAGAUUUGAAAAGGCAAGACAGUCAGAAAGUCUACCUCUGGAUUACAUUUACUACCUCGAGACACUUUUCACGUCUCAAAAAACCUGUAUUGAUACUUCAUUUGUAAUUCAUUAAUACAUGUCUCAAUUUACAACCGGAACAUGUGGAUUACAGAUCAGAAAGAGCAGUGUCUUAUAGCAGACAGACAUGUUACAUUCCAUUAAGAGCUUGGGCUAGCUGAAAACCAGGGUCUUCAAUAUCUCUAAGACCUCCUCCAGAGAGCCGAAAUAUAACCCUCUGAUGAGGGACAACAGGUGCACAUUGCCGUCUGUGCUAUAACCAGCUGUUCUUGUCAAAAGUGAAGGAGCCAAGCAGUUCUCCAAGCCCUGCACUUCAACCUUCCCCUGUUAACAUUUCCACUGGGAAACCAUUUUAAGGUUACAGUUGAAGCCGUAUCUAUAAAGGGUCAUGUUUAUGAAAGUAAGUAAACAAGUCUACAUUUGCGAGCUGGGUGGCACAGAAUGAUGGCGUAUUUAACACGUCACUACGUGUAAUGAUGGUGCCAAGUUAUUCUCAUUACUAAACAGUAUUUAAAUAUUGAAUCUCAAUGCUAUGUAAGCAUAUUAAUUUCAGGAACACAGCUUAUGGAGCCUAAUUUAUGGGGGUUAUGGUUCCACAACUGUAAUGUUUGUACUGUUUACAGAUUCCUGGGCUAACAGUCCAUUGGACAGACACCCCAAAAUCACAAUUACAAGCUGAUGGUUGUUUCCAUCUGUUUAUAAUAAUAGCUCAGGCAAUGUACUUGAUAACUGGAUGCAUUACUGGAAAAUGUCUGACAUACAAAAAGCUGACAAAUGUACGCUUACGCAAUGGUGUGGUUGAUGUCACUGACAGUGCAGUUGCUCCUAUGCAUAGCAUGCGCUGUGCUCUUUGAGCCCCUUCCUGAGGAUGUGAGCACAAAAUCAGUUGUCAUAAAACAAACUGCAUAAAGCUUAUGUGGCUGCAUAGACCUCAGUCAGGGUAAUGCUAUAUUUAUUUUAGUUUAUUAAUUACAUGAAUGAAAAACUCUGUGAGGCAUAGAAGUACAGUGUGCUCAAAAACCUUUAGUGUUCAUUGUUAGCAUUCUCAUUUUUAGCUUUAAAAAAAAAGCCACUAGAAGACAAAAAUUAUUAGCUAGGAGGUUUUUUACAGGGCAUGAUUUGGUCCUCUUAGCUUUUGUUUUACUCGCAUACAAUUUAUUAUAUUGUCUACCAGGCUAUUCCAGAAGAAAUGAGGUACAGUAGCUAGAGAAGAACUAUGUACAGUAUGUAAUGAUUAAAACUUACAGAUAUUGAAAAUACUUAAUACUUGAAUGAAUUAGCAAGAAAUGUAUACAGUAUUUAUUACACAUUUUUUCAUUUAGUCAAAUUUAAAUGUACAUUAAUAUAUAUGAAGAGUUCAGAUGCAAAAAAAACUCUAAAUGCCGUCAGCAAUUUUCUCCUAAAAUUAGCAUUUUUCUCAGUCUCACGUGUAUAUGUUCAGUUAUUAAACUUAAAAGACAAUGAAAAGAAUUUGUUUGUCACAAUAAAAGUAAAAUUCCUGAGCCCACAUACAAGAGUCGGAGAAAAAUGCUAAUUUUAGAAGAAAAAAAACAAGCGGCAUUUAGAGGUUUUUGCAUCUAAACUCUUCAUAUACAAUUUAUAUAAUCAAUAUUCGUGUAUUUAUUUACGUUUUGAGCUUUUCGUGAGUAUUAAGUAUUUCA